AUGAAGUUCUCUACUAUUCUUUCCUGCAGCGCCCUGAUAUUCUCCAGUGCAGCGCGAGCUCUCCCUCGAGGAUUCUCCGACCAUGUCUCGAGACGCUCAAAUCCUUCCUCUCGCAUUGAAGGACCCCAGCCUCAGACCGCCGGUACCUCAUCUAAUGCAACUAUCCAAUACAGCGGAAACUGGUCUGGCGCUGUUCUUGUUUCGCCUCCGACUGGUGAAACAUUCAACAGCGCUGUAGGAACUUUUACAGUCCCGUCAAUGCCUUCCGUUAAUGGGAAUGGUGCUGCCGCUGCAUGGGUUGGCAUUGAUGGUGAUACAUUUGCGACUGCAAUAUUACAAGCUGGUGUAUUCUUCAGUGUCACCGACGAGACCGUCGAGUAUGGAGCAUGGUAUGAGUGGUGGCCUAACUAUGCUACUGACAUCGACACAGACGACUUCCCGGUCUCUGCUGGGGACGUAAUCACUGUCAACAUCGAUGCUUCAAGCAACAGUGAGGGCAUUGUCACCUUGACCAAUGAGUCGGCCGGAAAGAGCUUUGUUAUCAACCUCACUUCACCGACUAAAUUGUCCUACCUGGGAGGUCAGAACGCUGAAUGGAUUAUCGAAGAUUAUACGCAAAAUGGUGGGCUCGUCCCGCUUGCCAAUUGGGGCACUGUCACAUUCGUCAAUGCCUCCGCCUCGACUUCAGCGAACAAUACACUCGGCCUUGAGGAUGCUACCAUCUUUGACAUCGAACAAUACAACGACAUCAUGACCUUCGUCACAAUCGAAAGCGAUUCUUCUGUGUCAAUCUCCUAUGCAUGA